AUUCUAAACUAUUCCUUUUGUUACCAAGAGGCAAUGGCAGUCCUGAAGCUGAAUUUGAUCAAGUGUGUGUGUUUACUUCGCUCUUCAGGCAUUGUUUGAUUCAUUCAGUAUGGAGAAAGAUACUUCGUUCCAAUUGUCCAACAGCCGAAAUGUCAAUAACGCUGGUCGGAUAGCCCAGCCACCUUCCACCAUGUCCAUGCCGCCAGUCAGGAACUGGGCUGCACUUUCCCAAGACACCACGAUGGCAAUUGCGGACAACAAGGGUACCGUCAUUCUAACGCCGCAUUCGUUUGUUUUGCCACCGCAACAGCCCACUCCGUCCAGUGGCAAUGCUGAGACGCCUGUGAACGCCGACGUCAGAGGAGAUGAGCUCAAUCGACAUCAAUCUGCAGCUUCCGCUCCUGUCACUGCCACAGCAACUCCCAGGGCAACGCCGGUCACGCCUGGAAAUGAUGUCAGGGUGGGGGUUGGAAAGAGCCAAUCUGCUGCAUCCACUUCCACAAAGGAUGGACCCAAUCGAGACACAGGGAACGUAGAGUGGCGAAAUCCAUAUCUGUUGCCAAAGUCAACAGUCAUGAAGUUGGAGUGCAUAUUCAGAACCAAGAUAUACAUAUCCAAAGUGGAACGCCAGGAACUGGCAAACAGGCUGAAUCUAACGAUGAGCCAAGUCAGGAUGUGGUUCGCGAGGCGCCGCAAAAAGUUGAGGAGCAGUUUCAUGGAGUCAACAACCAAUGGUGAGGAUAUUUCCCAUACAACAGGUAUGGGCGGACCAGCUGGUAUGAAUCCUAUGUUUGGUGGUUACCACGGACACCUGCAAGCAGCACAACCUGCAUUGGCUCAGAGACAGGCUGGCAUUUCCAUGGCAGCAGCCAUCCCACAAAUGCCAAUGCCAGCACAGCAGCAAAUGCAGUUCCAUGCAUCAGCUAUGUCUGGGUCUCAUGGAGCUCCACCCUCUGCCAUGGCAGCAGCCAUACCACAAAUGCCAAUGCCAGGAUAACAGCAAAACGAGUUCCAGGCAUCAGCUAUGUCUGGGGCUCAUGGAUCUCCACCCUCUGCCAGGAUGCAGCAGCAGCAACAAGCAAUGCAGAUGCCACCUCCAAGAGCAACGAGUUCAUCACAAUCUGCAUGUACGCACUCCAGUGGCUCGUGUGACAUAUGUGACAUCAUUGCCAGAGGUUUGGACUCCAGAUUAGCACAGCAAAAAAUGCAUUUCCAGGUAUCAGCUAUGUCUGGGGCUCAUGGAGCGCCACCCUCUGCCAUGGCAGCAGCCUUACCACAAAUGCCAAUGCCAGCACAACAGCAAAUGGAGUUCCAGGCAUCAGCUAUGUCGGGGGUUCAUGGAGCUCCACCCUCUGCCAUGAUGCAGCAGCAGCAACAGGCAUUCCAGAUGCAACCUCCUGGAGCACCCGGUUCAGCAGCAACUAUGCCAAUUCCCUCUUCGUACUCUACUCCUUACUAGCGUUGAGAACUCGCGGCACGCACGCAGGCAACAGAAGGAGAAAUUCUUGCUCACACGAGGGACUCGAGAUUACGAGAUUGAGAGAGAACGAAAUAAUGAAGUAAAUGAAGGUUAUCAAGGGCCUGUUACACGAAAUACCGUUCGUCUAUCAUUUAACCAUGUCGCAUUUGGUUCUUGUCUCGUGGAGUCCCGUGUCUUAUGUCAUAAUUAAUAUUAUGGUCUAAGUGUACGUGCGAGUAUGGUAUGAUGUGUGACGUUUAUGGUACAGUAUGUGGUGCAUGCAAGGGUACGCGUUGUCAGAGUGUGAGAAUCUGCUUCCGUGUGACAGUGACUGUCAAGUGAAUGCUGUACAUGGGCAAUGCUAAUUUGGACUGGGAGUGAGAGUGAUGUGUGAUUCGUCCGUGGUCUAGUUGUCUUGGUCUUGGUCAUGUGUUCUGUACGUAAUUGGUCCCUGAUUGGUCGUCCCGAUUUGUCGUCUCUUUAUUACUGCUUGUUCUUUGUUGUUUCUUGGUGUUUUUUCCUUGUCUUUUUGUCGUGUAUUGUUUUCUUCUUUCUCCUCCUGCGCCCUCACCGUUUAUUAUUAAUUUUUUAUAAUAUUUUCAAUA